GAGCCACCCAGCUGCCCACUCCUUUGCCCAUUUUAAAUUUGGGUUGUUUGUCUCUUGAUUGUUAAAUUGUGCCACUGCAGUCCACAGGGGAAACUGAGGCUGAGAAAAGGGAUGCGAUGGGCCAAGAACACUAGGCUCAUAAGCAGAUUGAGACUGGUAACUGAGUUGGUGUCUACCUCCCACCUUAGCAGGUCAAGGGUCACUGUCUGUCUUCCCAGAUGAGUGGCCUCCUUCCUCCAAUUCUGACCCACUCCCAGGCCACCCCAGGUCCUGUUCUUGCAUUUAAAGCAGUAGAGCCCCACAGGCGGAGGGUGGGCCAGAAAGACAGGGGAACAGUAGUUCUGAGGAACCAAGCCAGUCCUCUUUCCCCCUCCGAAUCACGUGGACCCAGCUGACGUGGCCCCAGGAAGAGGGGACAGCCCGGGCCUGUGGUCGGGGAGCCUAUUUAUACUGGCUGGGCGGUGUUGCAAGCCCUUCCUGCUGGCGAGAGGGACGUCACUGGGCGCUGACCUCACCAGAAACGCUGACGCAUCUUCCCCUCAUGCUUUGCUCGGUUGGCCAGACGGGUCUCCUCACCUUGGGGCCACUCCCUGUCCUCGGGCACAUCACUGUCCCCUCCCACCGAGCUCUGGACACUCCCCCAUGGUCCUCACUCCCUGCUGCCCUCCAAGCAUGCCCUCCUCUUGCAAGCUGUUAUGGGCGGAAUUUUAUCCCUUAAAUUCUUGUGUUGAAGACCUACCCCCACAGUACCUCAGAAUGUGGCUGCAUUUGGAGAUAGGGUCCCCCUCAAAGAGGUGAGGUACAAUGAGGCCUAAUCCAAUAUGACUGGUGUCCUUCUAAGAAGAGGAGAUUAGGACAGACACACAGACAGGGGGACAACCAUGUGAGGAGACAGCAAGAAGGCAGCCAUCUACGAGCCAAGAAGAGAGGCUGCAGGAUGAUAUCGGCCCUGCUGACCCUUUGGUCUCAGACUUCUAGCUCCAGAAUGGUGGGAACAUACAUUUCUGUUGUUUCAGUCCUCCUGUCUGUGCUAUGUUGUUAUGGCAGCCCGAGUAGAUGAAUAUAUAAGUCCUCUUUGCCGUUGGUGGCCCUUGGCCCUGGGGCCUGCACACCGCCCUCCAAAUGUGGUCUUUCAGACUCGACAGCCCGGGUUUGGAUGCCCCCUUGUCUUAACUGUUCCCACCCAGGGCGAUGCAGGGGAAAGCAAAGGCGCGUAGCAUCCCCCCAAGUGUGGAGGGUGGUCCGCAGUAGCUGAGAGGGGCAAGAAGCUCUCCUGCCAGUCGUAGCUCUCCAGCCCAGAGCCCGGCCCUGAGCUUCUCAGUUGCCUCAUGAAAGGGAGCCAAAGCAUCCCUGCCCGGGAGCUCUCCCUUUCAGCGCUGUUGCAUGAUGAGAUCAGGGCUGUGAAAUGAAGAAGGAUCCCAGCUUGGCAUGGGCCCCAGAAAAUGGUCUUGCGGGGGUGGGCACAGAGAUGAGGAAUUGAGCAGAAGCGACGUUCUCAGGAGGAGAAUCCAGAACUGGCCCUCGGGGGUGGCAAAGGCGGGUGUGGUGAGCGCCAUGCUGGGGUGCCAGGGAGUGGGUGGGAGGCGAGGAACAGCCUCCUGGGCAUGGGUGGGGGGGGUCUGGCUUUGCCCACUACGGGAUCCUCAGCACUUGGGAGUGGCUGGCUCAGAGUAGGGCCAAAUAAAAGUUCAUUGAACAAAUAAAUGAGUAAUGGUGAACGUGUCUGCAGAGGAGAGAGCAGGUGGGAACAGCCCUGGUGGUCAGGAUGGGUGUCGGGGACAGGGAUGGAUAGGAGGGUGUCUGACCCUCCCUCAGCUCUCCUGUCUAGACUCCACAGGCCCAAUGCUUUCCCCAGCUGGAAGCUUCCAGGGGUCUCACCCUGGUUCCCUGGGCUCCUGAGGCUCUCCUCCCCACCGGGCUCCUGAGGCUGGCCAAGGACCCUCUUCCAGGCCUGGUAGAUAUGCCGGGGCGGCCUCUCCGCCUCCCUGUCUGCCCUAGCCCAGGCCUCACUUUACCCGAAGCAGAGUAACAGGUUGACUAGAGAGGCGUGGUCUCCGGAGCUCCUUCACUCUGACGUCCAGAGGUCUGCGAGGAGCAGAGGACCAACCACAAUCACUAUCUUUCAGAGAAAGUGAAACCUGGUCCCCAACCGUCACCACGGCGACUCCCCCACCCUGGCUUCCCCUCUGAGCUCACAGCUUCCCCAUCUCCUCUGCCCCCAAACUACCCCUCAACAGCUAGUACUUGGAAUUAGACUUUCGUCUUUCUUUUUCCCUUCAAAGGACUUUUGCCUUUUAUGUCCAUGAUAGCAGCAGCACUACGAGCCUGGCCCAGGAAAUGCUUUUCGAAUCCUCAUUUUACAGGUGGGGCCGCUGAGGCCCAGAGACGUUAAGUGACUUUCCUCUGGUCACACAGCAUGUCAGCAGGCUUGAACCCUAAUUUCUGUAAAGAAAGGGCCUGGCUGCAGGCUAUGGGCCUGGGAUAAGGAAGGCUGAUUGCUGGGGGGCGGGGGGCAUGAUGGGAGAAAGGAGAUGGCUGGGAGCCCCAGUGGGGGAUGCAGGUCCUGGGGCCAGAACCACAAUCUCGGGGCUGCCAGCCUGGGUCUGGCUCUGUGCCCAGAGCCUGGUGGUUUCCGCUCACAGAUGUCCCAACAGCCCUGGCAGGAGGGCAGGAAGGGCACUCAAGAAGGAAGAUGUCUUGCUCCCCUCAGCCCCAAACCACAGUGGCUUGUGAGGCCGAUGGCUCCUGGGCCGAGCCUGGCCUGCGGGCCCUCCAAGGACCCAGUUGGCACACUCUCCCCUCUAUCCUGGGCACGGCUCCCUGCAGAUGGCGUGGACCCCCUUGCUCCCUGCUCACCCCAGGAAGGCUGAGGCUGCGGUUUGCAUCAUCCUUGGGCGUGGGGCUGACCUCGAAGAACGAAUUCGAAGAAAACAGGAGGAGGAGCAGUUUGCCACCGCACCCAGCGCCCAUUGGCCGCCCAUGGAAACUUUGGUUUUUGGGGUCAUGUUCCCAGAAGGCCUGCCCUUCCCCCCCCUCCCCACCCACCUCACGAGGUGUUGGCCAAUCGCCCUGGCGGGCAUAAAGUGGCUGCCAGCCCGCAGGGCUCCCAGCCAGGAGGUGUCACCCCUAGCAGGCGCCGGCCGGAGCUUGGGCACCCAGCAUGCGGGCACAGCUUAUGCAGAGGACGCUGCCCAGUCUGGUCCUCGGACUCCUGUUCCUGAGCACGCCGGCCAUGGGCAGCUGUUUGGACAAGUACCAAGAGCUGCUUGGGCAGCUCCAGAAGCAGGCGGACAUCAUGCAGCGCACCAGCCUGCUCCUGGACCCCUAUAUCCAAAGCCAAGGUCUGGACAAGGAUGGACUGAAGGAGCACUGUCGGGAGCGCCCCGGGGCCUUCCCCAGCAAGGAUGCCCUGCAGGGGCUCGGCAGGUGGGAAUUCCUGCGGACCCUCGACACCACGCUGGGCCACGUUCUGCACAGACUGACUGCCUUGCGGCGGGACAUCCCCAGAGCCCAGGACUUGGAGAUGCUGAAUAGGGUGAAGCAGAACAUUCGUGGAUUCAAGAACAACAUCCACUGCAUGGCCCAGCUGCUUCCAGGCUCCUCGGAGACAACGGAGCCCACUCCGACAGGCCCGGGGACGUCUCCGUCGCCCACCCCCACCUCAGACACCUUUCAGCGCCGGCUAGAGGGCUGCAGAUUCCUGCAUGGCUAUCACCGCUUCAUGCACUCCGUGGGGCAGGUCUUCCGAGAGUGGGGGGAGAGCCCAAGUCGGAGCCGGAGACACAGCCCCCACCAGGGCCUGCGGAAGGGGACCAGCAGGAUGCAACUCUCCAGGAAGAACAAGAGACUCCUGCCCAGGGGGCAGCUGCCCCGGUAGCCUUAGGGGCAGCCCUGGCAGAUAAAGGAUCCACAGGUACUGUGUAGGAUGGCAUCUCCCCUGGGGCCUCCAAACCCCGCUCCCUUCUGUUCCCCACCUCUCAGAAGUGCACUUUAAGGGGUGGGAGCCAGGCAGGCCGCUCUACCUCCUCUGGGCUGGGACAGUAGGGUCAGGCCAUUGAGCCCCCAGCCCUGAGUUCCCCAAUCUCGGUGGGGUGGCCGGCUCAGGCCACGUGGGGCCAACUUUCCAUUGAUUCAGGGGUCUGAUGACACAGGUUGACUCAUGGCCAGACUGACUGCCCCCCCUGCUCUGCUCCCCAGAGGCCUGCCGGCCCUUCCCUCUCAUGACUUGCGGGGCUGUUGCCCCCAGACUUCCUCCUUUCCAUGGUGGCUUGGUUCCGAGGGGGAGGUCAGGGCCUGAGCAGGCCUCCUAUGCCUCAUUGCCAGUCUCAGGCCAGACACCUGGACAUCUGGGUGACCUCACUUUAGGCAGCUGUGACAGAGGCAGAGUGUCCUAGAAGGAGCACUGAUCUGGGUCGGGGGCGGGGGGGCACGCUAAGAACAGGGCUCAGGUCCCAGCUCAACCCCUAACUCACUGUGUGGCCUCAGGCCACUUUACCUCUCUGGACCUCAGUUUUCUCUUUGUGAUUCAAGGGGGUUGGUGUAAAGCCCUCUCUGCUUGCCAGUCGCUGGGAUUCGGUGACAUAGAGUGGCUAUCGGAAUGCAGUGCAAACGGACAUGGCCAGAAGACUUGAGUUCUCUAUAGACCUAUUGCCUGGAAGCGCUCAGUCGUGGGUCCCGGCUGCUGGCUGCUCCCCCUGGUGGUGCAUCAUGAAAUAUCCUCACGCUGAAACAAUGGUUGGGGGGCGGGCAGAAGCGGCUGGGCCAAUUCUUUGGAGGGAUAUGACUAAUUUAUCGAUUUUUAUCAGUUUUUAUCUGUUUCCUAUUUAUAAGGCUUAUUUAUGAUGUGUAUUUAAUGUUAAUAUUGUGCCAACAUAUAUUUAAAACUUGCCUGGUU